AUGGGAGAGCAAUUAACUGGUUCCCUGGCCGGGGUGGCGUUGAUGUGGGAUCGCAAGAGGCCACCUCACCUGAGGGGGGGUUUGAGCAAAGCCAGUUGCUGCAUGGGUGCUGAGGCAAGGUUGCUACGUCCUGGGUCUCUCGACGCAUGUAAAGAGGUCUCCCCGCCUGAUGGGUGGGCUUGGGUACCUGUCCAGGUAGCCAGUACUUGGUACUUGCCCCGGAACUCGAGAUACGCCCUGGAUCUGGGCAUGAACGAGAUGCUUGCGCUGAUGGUCCCAGGUACCGAGUUCGGGGCGGAUCCACAAGUACAACAACCGUAUGGUCUGCUCCGUACUCUGUAA